UUGAAAAAAACAAAAAACAAAUCCAACUAAAGAGCCGAGUCUUGUUCAGUUUGAAAAACAGUCUGGAUGGACAGCGAUGUUUCGCAAAUGGUACACAGAACGUGGCGACAACAAUCUCCGACCCCCAGACAUACGAAGAUAGCGACGACUCAAGUCUCGAGAGUAGAUCUCAAUCAUCAAAUUCAAAAAAUCUUCGACGUUCAUCGUCUACCUUCGAUAUUCAACACAACGAUGAAACUUUCAAGACUCAUGGCAAUCUUUUGUAUCGAUUUAGCUUUCAAUAUAAAUCGAAAAAGAAACAAAAAUCCGAAUUCAAUGGUCCAUUAAAUAAAACAAAAGAGGAGAAUUCACAAAAAUUUUCCACAUCACCUGAAUUGUACAUAUCAACUUCUGAUGAUAAGUCCUCGGAUAUUCACAGGAAUGAUUCAUUUUUAAAAAGAUUUGUCAAAACAUCCAAGGAUAAUUUAACGGAAAAUUGUGAACGACUGGUGAGAAAUAUUCAAAAAAGUCCCAGUCUUUUAAAGAAAAAACUCCAUUUUUCAUGGAGCAGUGACAGUCUUGGUAGUUCAAAAAGUAGCGAUAAACCAGUUCCACCGCUUAGAAGAAAGAAAUCUUUGAAACGAAGAAAAAAUUCCAAUUGUCUUGUGAGAGAAGAGAGUUUUAUCGAAGAGAAAGAAGUGAAUUUUCAUCAAGAAAAAAAAGAAAGACCAAAAUUCUUUUUAGAUCCAGAUGAGGAAUUACAAAAUUACAAUCAUAGUGAUUUUGAACCAAGACGAAGUUUAGACGACGAUAAUACAAGAUCUCAAAGUGUUUCUAUUGAAGAUGUUGACGAUAUUAUAAAAUCGGAGGAUAAUUUUAAUCUUCUUCAAGAGCGUUAUCUUUUAAAGAAACAUUUAAAAAGUUUUGAGACAUCACAUUUGAAUUUUGAAAAAAAAUCAAAAAGCGAAGAGAGUUUAUUGAAAUUCUCUAAUAAUUAUUCGAGAUUAAGAAAAAAUCGAAGACAAUUCCGUGAUUCAAUUCCUGACCUCGGUGAAGAUCAAGGUCAUUUUGAAGUUGAAGAUAGGAAAUUAAAGAAACUAAAAUCGUCACCGCCACCAGACGAGGUUCAGGUUCAAAGGUCCCAUCAUUGGCUUGAACAAAUUCAUGAUAAACAAGGGUCAGAUAAGAGUGGUCUUUUCAUUAGUGAGACAACUCGGAUCAGUAACGAUUCGUUCGCACAGCCGGACGACGUGUCUGAAGUUUCGCUUCUUGGCGUAAAAUGCCGACUUGCAAAUUUCACAAAUGUAGAGGAACGUCGCAAAAGUGGGGGAAACGCGAUAUUAACUUCACUGGAAUCACUUUGUCAAGAUUCACUCGCCACUGGUCAUAAGACAACUGAUCAGAAUAAUUUUAGGACACCAGGUGACAAGAAGCAAGAAUUGAGAAUUCAAAAUCAGGAAAUAAAUUUUGAAUCAUCUCAAAAUAGACCAUUGAAUAUUGGUGGGAAUAAUUUGACAAAAAGUGACAAUAAUACAAGAAGAGAUUCAAAAGAUGUUCAAAUAGGAAUUAAUUGUCCUAAGGACAAGGAAAGAACAAAGGAAUUGCGAAAGAAAUAUUCAGUGAAACAUCAUAAUAAUCAGUCAAUUAGAUUGAAGAAACGACAGACAAUGAGGUUGGCAGUUAAAAUUAUCAGAAUGCGAGAAAGACUCAUUGUUGGUCUCAGUGCUUUUGCAAUUUUAUUCACUAUUUUUCUUGUUAUGGAUCUUCAAUUGGAUCUUGGAUAUAGUGGUCAUCAUCUUGUAUCAAGUCAUGGUCGAGUUAAAUUUGGUGAUGAUCCAAAUCGUGAUACUGUUUAUAAUAAUUUUCGAAGAAAAUUUCUUCAAAGAAUGAAUGUCAGUAAGGAACAAUCAGGUGGUGCUGGUGGUGGUGAUGUGUCAGGCACUUGGCAGUCAAUGAAAAGUGACAGUGACAAUAAAAUGAAAGGUGGUGAAAAGAAGAAAAAGCCAAUAGUUCACGAUGAUUUUGCGGAUCUUUAUGAUAUUAUCAGAAGAACUGAGACCGAGGAGAAUAGUGUUGUUAUCAACAAUCAGGAGGAUCGUGACAUUAAUCCGACAAUUGGGCACAUCAGGAAAAUACCAUUAAGGAAAAAUAUGACGAAUCUGAAUUUGUUCCACUGGCACAUCAGUAAAAUUGAGAUGUAUCCAAAGGAUUCUGAAUACGUGGAUAAAUUAGUAGAGGAUAUGUCGAAAAAUACAAUCUAUCAUGUUGAUGAGAAAAGCGGUGGAACGCAGCUGAAAUUGAUUAUUAAUUAUGGGAACGAUACACAGGCACUUUUUAAGCCCAUGAGGUUUCCCCGCGAACAGCAAACCUUACCAAAUCACUUUUACUUCACCGAUUUUGAACGACAUAAUGCCGAGAUUGCUGCUUUCCAUCUAGACCGACUCUUGGGAUUUCGUAGAGCGAUGCCAGUGACGGGGAGAAGAUUGAAUAUGACAACGGAGAUUUAUCAAAUUACGACUGGGGAUAUUUUGAAAACAUUUUUCGUGAGUCCAGCGGGCAAUCUCUGUCUACAUGGUCGAUGUACUUAUUAUUGCGAUACCUCUCAUGCAGUUUGUGGAAAUCCGGAUUUGCUUGAGGGCAGCUUCGCCGCUUUUUUACCCGACAAAGAAGUGGCGAGCAGAAAAGUCUGGCGACAUCCAUGGAGAAGGAGUUAUCAUAAACGCAAGAAAGCACAAUGGGAGAAUGAUUCGGAUUAUUGUUCAUUGGUCAAAGAGAUUCCGCCCUACAACGAAGGUCAUAGGUUACUGGAUUUAAUGGACAUGUCUGUUUUGGAUUUCCUCAUGGGAAACAUGGACCGGCAUCACUACGAAACUUUCAAGUUGUUUGGAAACGACACGUUUCCGCUGCACGUGGAUCAUGGUCGUGGCUUUGGCAAACCAUUCCAUGAUGAAAUCAGCUGUUUAACUCCAAUACUGCAAUGCUGCAUGAUUAAGAGAAGCACCCUUACUACUUUAUUAAGAUAUCACAAUGGUCCUCUAAGUUUGGGUGAUGCUCUUAGCCAAAGCUUGUCAAAGGAUCCUGUGUCGCCAGUUCUGUGGGAUCCACAUUACGUCGCAGUUGACAGAAGGGUUGGCAUAAUAUUACAAGCAGUGCGAGAUUGCAUAAAUCGUCAGUCGCAAUCCGAACAAGUUGUCGAAGACAACAACAGCCUUGACAACAAUGUGUAAAGCAUUAUUAAUAAAAUAAGGUAUUUUUUUUUCUUCAUUUUUUUUCCAAUAAAAUUAUGAAAGAAAUUUGAGAAAAACAAAUUUCUCUUAAAUUUGUUAAAUGUUUAAUGUUUAAAAAAAUAAUAGUAAAAGUAAAAAAUUAAACAAAAAAAAAAAAACAAGUAGAUUUAAAUAAAUUUCUUUUAAUAUUUAUUAUUGAUUAAUGAGGUUUUUAUUAUUUAGAUUUUGUUAUACUUAAAUAUUAUAAAUGCAAUCUAUAAAGAAUUAAAGUAAACAAAAAAAUAUAUAUAUAUAUAUUUUUUGUGAGGGUUUGUUAGAUCAGUCGACUUUGCAUAUCUAAAAAAUUUAUAAAAUAUUUUUAUUAAUUCAAAACAAAUGUUUAAUUACAUAAACAAAAAAAAUUUUUUUUAACAAUAUUAAAACACAUUGCAUAUCUAAAGAUAUUUUUUAAAUACAAAAUAAUAACGAUAUCAUAAAUUGUGAUACAAUUCUUUUUUUUCAAUAAAAAAAAAACAGUUUUUUUUAUAAAAAAGCGUCUAAAGGAUUUAAAAUAUUUGCAUUUAUAUUUAUAAUAUUCCCUUUAAUUAAAAUAUAUUGCUCCGAUUAAUAUUUUGUUGAUAAAGUUUUAGAAAAUUACUUUCUUUUUGCUCUCAGUAAACUUAUUAACUUAGAAAAUUAAUAUUUUAAGUAACGCUUUGGCUUUAAGCUUUAAGUCCAAAUAAGUUUAUUUAAAGACUGAUCGAUUGUUCGCAAAACAUCCCUCUUUCUUUGUACCUAUGUAAAUUAUGUAAAUGAAUAAUGUUAAGUCUAGGCGCUUUAAUGAUACACAAGAGUGAGAAUGUAAAUAAUAUUUAUAUACCAAAUGUGAAAUCUAUAAUAUAUUAAUGUUAUAAGUCAUUUAUCGAUAUUUAGUCUAUAAUUCUUAUGUAUAAUAUUUAAAGAUCUAGUUUCAUAUCAAAGAAAAAUCGGUAUUCUCUUUUUUUUAGUUCAUUCGCACAAUUUAUCGCACCUUUAUUUUUUCAUUUCUUUUUUUUUCUCUUUUUUUUUAACGAAUCUGAAGCUAUUGUGUGUAUAAUGUAUUUGUUA